CUUAAAUCUUUUAAUUGUUGCUCUUUUAGCUUUAAAUUUUAUGUCUUUCUCUUUUCCAAUUAGUCUUCUAAUUUAAAUCAUAUAAAUAAUCACAAUUAUCAAUUAAUCAAAUCUACCUCCAUCUCACUUUGAAUUCUAAUUCUAUUUAUCCAAAUAUAGAAUUACCACCUAAUAUCUCUCUAUUUUUGGGUUUUAUUCAACUUUUCCUGUUUCUUUUUAUCUUUAUCUUUAUCUUUAUCUUCUUGCUAAAAAAAAGCUUUGUGAAUCAAUCAUCUCUAUUUUCUAUAUCCUAUUUUAUUUUGUUUUUGUACAUUAUCCAUAUCUCAAUACUAAUUCCUAAUAAUGUCCGCAACAAGAAUUUCUCCAACCUAUAUUGGCUACGUUGGCUCAACUAAAGAUGCUUUACUCAUCAUCCAGGCUACUCUCAAUGGCAACUUGAGCACUGUCCCAAGAAGACCUCACGAUCGUGAAAGAUCUUCUUUAAUCCAAUCUGGCAACGUCUUCAUAUUCAUCGAAGAAAGAAGUGGCAUAAAAAGAUGGACUGACGGUGUUGCUUGGUCUCCCUCAAGAAUCUUAGGGCGUUUCUUAAUUUAUAGAGAACUAGAUCGUCAAGCCUUAACUGACAAAGAUUCUAAAAAAAUUGAUAAAAAAAAGAGAAGAAAAUCUUCUGUCAACUCUUCCCCUCAAAUCAACAACUCAAAUACCAACAAUAACACAUCCGCCAAUAACAAUAGUCAAAAUAAUAACCAAAAUAAUAACCAAAACACACACACAAACAACCCAAAUAACAACAGCUCACCAUCCACCGCUGCAUCCACUUCUUCUAGUAACAUCAACAACAACCCUCCAGCCAAUUCUUGGUCCUCAUCAAAUCCACCUGAAGUCCCCAACAGAUCUCUAGUCGGAUCCUUGGUUGCAUCUUAUGCUUUUAAAGAACAUGGUCUAAUCAAAAAAACUCUAUCUCUAACCAUCUCCCACCCUUCUCCAGUACCUUAUCAAGGUAGACCUGAAACUGCUCCAUCAACUUCAGAAACAAUACAUUUGGUUUCCUAUUACUCUGCUGAAGACGUCACCGCUGGUAAAUUAACAAGACCUUCUGAUGAUCCAAAAUUAAAGGUCUUGCAACUAUCUCCUGAAUUGUGGAAUGCUGUCAAAGAAUCUUCUCUUGGUGGUAAGAUUCCAAUUGAAGAUGAAGCAUUUUAUUACUUGGAUCACAAUAACCCAGCAUCUCUAUCAAUGGGUUUAGCAAACCCAAACAACAACCCAAACAAUCCAGUCUCCAUUAACGCUGCAAACGCCAUCAAUGCUGCUCAAUACAACAUGAUCCCUCAACAAGUCUUGCCUUAUCAAAACCCAACAAACAUGGUCACUGCCGCCAGCUUUCACAACGCUUCUUUCUCCUUACCUCCUCCUUUGCCCCAUCAUAUGCCGUUACCUCCUCAACAACAGCAACAAGCUCAACAGCAAGCUCUGGUUCAACUGCAACAGCAACAAUCUGCUGAUUCUUCAGCUCAGUCCCAAAACCCUCAAUCCAUUAUGCCAUUAUAUGCAAACCAAUUCCCCCCUCAACAAUAUCUAAAUAGCGCCAGAUAUUAUGGUCAAAACCCUCAACAACAACAACAGCAACAGCAACAACAACAAUCUCAAUCUGCUUCAAAUGAUAGCACAAACUCAAAUCAAAAUAAUCAAAAUAAUUUUAAUAACUUUGGUUCUCCUGCUAUCCAAACUCAAAAUUCAAACCAAAUUAAACAAGAAUAUAAUAAAGUCGAUUCUCCUUUAUCAAUGAAAUCUGGCACAACCGCCUCAAACCCUCCUAAUUUCUACUCCUUACCAACUAACGCUGCUGGUUAUUAUACAACUCAACAACAAGCUCAACAAGCUCAACAACAACAAACUCAACAAAACUCUCCCUACUAUAAUAAGCCAACUCAAUAUUCUCAACCCCAAUUUCAAAAUAGAUACUAUCCAUCUCAACAGAUUCAACCUCAACAACAACAACCUCAACAACAACCACAACAACAGCAAAAUGUAGUUAACAAUCCAAACCAAUCAAAUUCUGCUAAUUCUUCUGGUUCUCCAAAUGGUAAUUCUAAUCCAAGUAUUUCUUUAGAUGAUGGUUCAAAUCAACAAUUUAUGAACCCAAACUAUUCAAAUGUUUUAUAUCCUCCUCAUUAAUCUAUUUUUUUUUUUUUUGAUCUUUUAAAGAUUAAACCUUUUUUUCUCACUCAUUUUUUACCAACUUUAUU